AUGUCUAAGGCCCGUGGAGGCUCAGGAAACAGCAAUGGCGCCGCACCCAACUUCCUCGACGGCGGCUUGCUCUACAACGAUGCCCAAUUCUACCUUUACGGAGGCGACCUUUUGAAGAACGAUCAAGUUUACGAACCUCCCGACGCGGACGAGGUUCUGACUUAUCAGGCUUAUGCAUAUGGCCCGGACAAGCCUCUCUGGGAUCGCGGCUUCAAUGAUCGCAAACUUGGCGACAAGGUGACUCGAUACAUUGCUUAUGGAGGAGCUGUCAGUGCGCCAUCAGAGAACCUGGCUUGGUAUUUCUCGGGGUUGAGGUCUCCAUCAAGGGGUCCUUUCUUCACCAACGAUGCGACUGCCAAGGCCACCAAUGUCUCCAACACGCUCAUCACCCUCGAUAUGGCGGAGCAACUUGAUGAGAAAUGGACCAACACGACUCUUCCCCCCAGUGUCAAAGGACGUGCCAAUCCUGAGGUUGUUUGGGUCCCCGUAGGUAAGAAGGGUAUUCUCGUCGUCCUCGGCGGCGUUGUGUAUCCCGAAUGGGCCGGUCGUGCCCGCAAGUCAGCAAAUGAGGAUGCCAGUGAGAAAGAAAGUCCCGUAUUCAUGGAGGAAAUCGAUAUCUACGACAUUGAUGGCAAAAAGUGGUACAAGCAGGAAACCAAAGAUGGCCCAGGCGCCCUCACGAGAGGCUGCGCUGUGGUCGCCCCAGCUUCAGAUCGCUCGAGCUUCAACAUCUACUGGUACGGAGGGUACGAUGGCCUCCAUCCGAUGGAGCCCUUCAACGAUGCAGUCUGGGCACUUUCUAUCCCUUCCUUCACCUGGACCCAGAUUAACAAGGGGACCAACCUGCAUGCUCGUGCGGGACACAAGUGCUUCAUGCCAUACCCCGACCAGAUGAUGGUUUUUGGCGGCUACACGUCCCAAUCUGGUGUUGCUCUCACCUGUCUUGACAAAGGACCAGUCUUGAACUUCAAUCUUACCAGCGGAGAUUGGUUGGAGUCGUACGACCCGGCCGAUUUCAGUGAUUAUGGCGUCCAUGAGGCCAUCCAGUCCAAGAUUGGAGGUGACGCUGAGGGUGGAGCAACCAAGACUGCUCCAGCAGAUGGCUGGGCUACUUCGGCUCUUGGAAAGGUUUUCGACACUGACUACGACAUGAAGAAGAUCAAGACAUACUGGCCAUACGGAAAGGUGACCGCAACGGGGCGGCCUACUGUUCCCAACGAUGGUACUGACGGCGACGACGACGAUGAUAAGAGCGGCGGUGGUGGUGGCGGUCUCCCUAAGUGGGUGGCACCCGUCUUGGGUGUUGUUCUUGGGCUCAUGUUUGUCACCGGUGCUCUUGUCGUCUUCUGUAUCUGGCGUCGCCGUGGAAUCUUCAAGAAUCGCUCCAGCGACUACGGCACCGAAGAUCCAGGCUCUCGCAUCAGAUCAUGGAUCAGGGGCACCGGCCAGGAGAAGGCGCCUACCGUCACAACCUCUGAUGAUGCUCCCACUAGCCCGGAGAUGGAGGAAGCGACGACAGCUAGGGCUGUUGGCGUUGGCUCAACUCCCUCGAAUGCUGAUACACCUGCUCCUACUUCUCCCCGUUCACCUGGCUCUCCUCUUGAGAUGCCAGACACACAAAUCCACGAGAUGCCUGACACUUCGAUACCACACGAGCUUCAUGACACGGGUCUCUCUCCUCUCGAGGUUAUACAGAAGCAUUCCCACUUUGCUAAGGGCCGGAAACAUUCUACCCCUUCCUCCAGAACGUACUCGGAACACACAAGCGCUUUCUCGCGAUCAACAGAUCAGCAAGGAGUGUCGAGCCCCGACUCUCCUACGGCUGGCCGCUCUUCCCGUAUAACCUCUGAUGUGUCCGGUGUGUCAGAAGGAGAUGCCGCACAGCUCCGAACCCUCGGGGCUAGUCCUGUGAGCCCUAGGAGCACUCACAGCCAGCUGCGGUCCCCAUCACCAGUUGGCAAGGCGGACUCGGACAUUCUUCCUUCACCGGGCUCGGAGCCGACACCUUUGUCACCACCCGGCGACCCAGCACUGGUAUCUCCAACACCAGUGUCUCCGCCAACCGCAGGGGAGAGUUCGGGCGGUGAUUAUCUCUCGGCAAAGUCGUCGGCGAGUCCACUGAGGAAGAGCAUGUUUGUCGAGAGCGAGGAAGACAUGGGUAAGCAGAAGUAG